UAAUUAAGCACACCACUCAAGUGUUAAGAGAGUUCUGAGCUAGCCAGCCAGCAAAUAGAACAAGCACAAUGAGUGAUCUAGGAAGCUUAGUUCCAACACUAAUUGUUACCCCAAUAUGUGUGUACCUACUCUUCAUGCUCUUCAAAUUCCUUAACGUUGUAUUGUGGAAUCCAAUUCGCAUACAAAAGUUGAUGGCUUCACAGGGAAUCAAAGGCCCUGCUUACACAUUCAUCCAUGGAAACAUGAAACAGAUGAAACAAAUGCAGAGCCAAUCCAUGGCCACACCUUUAGGUCUCUCACAUCACAUACUUCCAUGGGUUGAGCCUCAUUAUUGCUCCUGGAUCAACUCAUUCGGGAAGAAUUUCUUGUUCUGGUUUGGUCCGGAAGCAACUCUGUAUGUGUCGGAGGGAGAGCUAGUGAAAGAGAUACUGAACAACAAAGAGAAGUCAUACCCAAAACGAGAUUUGGCUCUUCAUGUCAAGAAGCUUAUAGGAAAUAGCGUUGCUGCACUGUUUGAAGGUGAACAAUGGACCAAGAUGCGCAAAUUAGCCAAUCAUGCUUUCCGCGGAGAGACCUUGAGAAAUUUGACACCAGAAAUUAUUGCUAGUACUGAGAUGAUGCUGCAAAGAUGGAAAAAUCAUAAAGGUUGCGAGAUAGAGGUGCACGAAGAAUUUAAGUUAUUGACAUCAGAAGUGAUUUCAAGGUCUGCUUUUGGGAGCAGUUAUGAAGAGGGGAAGGACAUCUUUCACAAGUUACAGGAGGUGACCAACAUAGCCACCAGACCUCCUUCCCUAUUCUUCUGGUUCAAUGGCAUCAGUAAGAUGCUAGGAGCUGAUGGUGUAAACGACUCGGAAAGGCUUGUUCAAGAGAUAAGAAGCUCGAUUUUGGAAAUAAUAAGGAAGAGAGAAAACAAGGUGAUGACUGGAGAGGCAGAGUCUUAUGGGAGAGACUUUCUUGGAUUGCUUCUACAGUCUUGUCAUGAUGUUGUUGAUGAUGAAUCCAAGAGGACUACAGUGGAUGAUGUGAUUGAUGAGUGCAAAGGAAUGUACUUCGCCGGACAAGAAACCACUACUAACUUGCUCUCAUGGGCUGUCAUGCUCCUGGCAAUCCACCCAGAAUGGCAAGAAGAAGCAAGAAAAGAAGUUCAAAACAUGUUUGGCAACCAAACCCCAAGUUCAGAUGGCAUUUCCAAACUCAAAAUCAUGAGCAUGAUCAUCAACGAAACGCUGAGACUGUACCCACCUGCAUUGGCAGUAAUCAUAAGAAAAAUUAACAGAAAAGUUAUACUGGGAAACCUCACUCUGCCACCAAAUUUGAACAUUUACCUCCCAAUCGUCAAAUUUCAUCAUGAUCCAGAGAUAUGGGGAGAAGAUGUUCAUCAAUUCAAACCAGAGAGAUUCUCUCAAGGGAUUCCACAAGCUACGAAUAACAAUCCAACUGCAUUUUUUCCAUUCGGUAUUGGACCCAGAACUUGUGUUGGCUCCAACUUUGCAGUCACCGAAGCUAAGGUCGCUCUUACCAUGAUCUUACAACGUUACAGCUUCAAACUCUCCCCGGCGUACGUCCAUUCGCCAGUACAGGUUCUUAUACUCCGGCCCCAACACGGAGUUCAGAUUAUACUUGAACCAUUAAUGCAGAGUGCAUAACACAGCCAGCUUUCCUCGAGAUUUUUAGCUAUUAUAUUUACUAUCAAAUACUCCAUAAUGGAUCCAUCCAUGUACUAUUUAUGAAAUUUCCCCUGUUUUCCUGUUCAAUAUUAGUAUAUGUUUGAAUAAAACACAUCUCUUAGAUUUUCUAAACUCAUCUUGUUGACUGAAAAGAAAUGUUUUUAUUUUUAAUAAAGUUACUAUUAGGGGUC